CAUGCUGCGUUCUCAGGCGUGGAGUUACCUAGUCAUAAGAAAUUAAAAAAAAGUUUCAAUUUCGAUUUCCAUACUCCUCCGUUAUCUGGAUCUUCAAGUCGAAUAUUUUCCAUGAUAACAUAGGAUCAGAAGGAUAAAAGCCACAAUUUAAACUUGUGGGAAUUGCUAUAAUUUUUAGCAUAUUCCAGGGUGCUAUGAAUUCCGGCGCUGAGCGACCUCAAUGACUGAACUCGGAUAGAAGGGAGGCUUGUGAAAACACACUAUUUUCAAAAGACCUCUGUACGCACACAUACGUGGAUGACUACAACAUUCCGCUCUUCAAAGACACAUCGAUGCAGAAUACUGCAAUGCAAUGCAUUUCAUGGCAAAGAUUUACACAAUACCCAAUAUAUAGGAAUCCCUUUCACUCAAUUACAACGUUAAGCUUGCCUUUAGAAACCUCAUUUCUGAAAUCGACCUCUCUAAAUGGCACGAAGCUGAAAGCAUUAUUACAUGGAUUUUCUCUCGAUGGUUUAAGAAUUGCAGAGAGCUGCAUAGAGAGGAAGGGACGGCUUGUUGCUGUAACAAGCAGCUUGGAUGGAGAAACCAUAUUGACUAGUUCUAGAACAAAAGCCAGAGAAAGAAGGAUGGAGAAACUCAAAGAAGAGAGGAAACGAAGAGAAUUUGAAAAAGAAAAGAAGAAAAAUGAAUACCCACAGUGGGCAAAGAUACUUGAAGAUGGCUGCAAGCAUGAUGCAGAACUUAAUGAAAUAAUUGGUGAUGCUAUUGGCAAUCCAGAAUUGAUGAGAGAGCGUAUCUUGAAGAGGGGGAGAAGGAAAGGGAGCGACAUUCAGAAAUCCGCUAGUGGAUCUGUACUGGCCAUGAAUGUUAGCUUUAGAGACUUUAAUCCCACAGAUUCCUACAUAUGGAUUGAACUAUAUGGAGUUCCAUCAGAUAAACAUAUUGAUUUUAUUGGGAAUACUAUUCGAUCGUGGUAUGUGCUUGGUAGAUUGGGAGGUUUCAACUCUACAAAUAUGCAGUUGACACAGUUAGGAAUAACUGCUAAACUGAGGUAUAAUGAAGAUCAGGCAUCAAAAGCACUUACUUCAUCCUUACAUGAUAUAAGUGAUGUUGAGUUUCAAGACAAUUUGGCUCGAUUUUGGAUUGAUAUGGGAACUUCUGAUGUGCUAGCAUUGGAUAUAUUGAUCAAUUCUCUUAUAGGCUUGAGUGCAGAGUAAUCUCUUUGUACCUCAUUAUGUUGGCAUCAAGCGUCUGGUUUUUGGUGGAAAGCGUUUUGGUGACUGGGAAGAAGGCAUGACUUCAGUUGAAUUUGGAUACAAAAAAUACAAGAUUUGAACAUGGAAGUGCCAACUAUAUAUACAAGGAGUGACUAUCUUGAUGACAAAAUGGUUCAGAGAUAGGUCACUAUGAAGAAGCAUGAAGCAUUUUCAGAAGCUUCCUACUUUAGGGAUGUAAUAUGAUGGUUUUGCAAAUAUACAGCCACAUUUAUUGUUCCUAUCUAAAUGACAUUACCAUGUUUAACUUUUCUCACCAAAUUUAAAUAGAAUAUUAUUUAAACACAAUGUACUUAAUAAAAUAAUCUAGCUGCUGUGAACCAAUCCAUGUAACAUAGCGAUAAAGUUGAAAUGAUUGGAUUGAUUUCAAAGCCUUAUCUCGUGGACAAAGAGAUAUAAAGUAAAUUAGAGAUACAUGGGUAAGCCAAGAAAAUGUCGGGAUAAAAGACUUCAUCUCAACUAACAGCCAUUUCAUUAAACUACUGGCAGAAGUAUACAAGGUAAAUAAUUGUCUAUUUGGUUGGUCUUUUUGUUAAAGGUUAUUCAAUAAAAACAUUA